GAAUCAAUCACCCUGGCUGGCCAUCCAGCACACCGCCGAACACUGUCUUCUCCGCAUCGAUCACCGCCGUCUGCAUCCGCUGUUGGCCCAUGGAACACAACGCAAAGCCGUCCCUCGAGCGUCUGGCCAGCGACCUGGUCCGCCUCAAGACACUCGUCUCGGAGCUCAACACCCUGACCCAGGACUCGCAGUUCACCCUUCUCGAGAGCGACGGAGCUUCCCCUCCCUCGACAGAAAGCGAGCCCCCCUUCCAAGAGGGCGACGAUGGUGCUGUCUCUGACGAUGGCCCUGCCGCCGACGAGCCUGCACCCCAAGUAGGAGCCAAGGUUGAGGCCGUGACUGCAACGCAACCUGCUGCCCAGCCCAGCGAAGGCGACUUGCUUGGAACGCUCAAGCGCCAUUUCACCUCCCGCGAGAAGCGUCAGUCUCAGUCCCUCUCCAGGGCUCAGUCGAUCGACGAGAUCGCCCCGCUGUCCGAUGCAAGCUCGGCAAAGUCCCUGAGCGAGCAGCUCGUCGAUAUCGAGCUCGAGUUGCGUCCGACCCUGACCCGGGUGGCCCGCCGCCAGACACUCGCCCGGGCUUCGUCCUCGGCCCGUCUGGCGACCCUGACCCGACAGCGAACGGCCCUGAAGCGCCAAGAGUCGGUGCAGUCGAUCCCCGAGUACAACAACUUUAACUUUUGGUCGUCCUUCCAGGCGCCGAUCGCCCAGUUUGACGAGGAGGAGCUGCUGCGCGAGUAUCUGGAGCAGUCCAAAGAGCCCGUCGAGGAGGCUAUCCAGGACGGCCCGGAUCAAGUCGAGGCCGAGCCGGGCGAAGGCACUGUCCCCGACCAGGACCACGAAGAGCUCGAGAGCCUGAGAAAGAGAGUGCAAAUCCUCGAGCGGUUGGUAUUGAUGCAGAUGGAGAAGACCAAGACCGAAAGCAUCCAGGAAUCCGUCCCCGAGAACAGCACUCCCGAGAACGAUAUCACGAACGAUGUUGCCCCUGGGGAUACACCGGCGGCUGAUGCCACUUCAACCCGAGAGCCCCAGGACGCCGCUGUCCCGCAAGUGCCCGUCCCAACCCAGCAGCCCGAGCAAGCCGAGCUGGCGCCGCAGAGUGUAGCUGAGCCCCAAUAUGUCGUCGCAUUGGGCGAUAAGUGGGUCAGUGUCGAAACAUACGAGCAAGAAAAGCAGAGGGCGUUGGAGACUUUGAACCAAAGCAAGCCCAGCCCGAGUCUUGAGCCUGCAUACGGCGCCAUCCAUCCGUCUGGUGAAGGAUACGGUGGGGCCGUUGGGCUUGCUCAUGACGAUCCUGGCCGUGUCGAUGAGUCUCAUGCCGAUGCUGUUCAUGGCAGUGCGGCUCAUGCUGAAGCCAGACACUUGGCUACAGCAGUGAAUUCCCCUUCCAAUCUCGCUGCCUCCGAGGGCUCCGGGUCUGCAGGACACGAAUCCGACCACCCUGUUCCGUCGCAUGCGCUGCCUGUCGGUGCCACUGGAUCACACAAUGUCCAUCAUGACGUCAAUGCCCAAGAUGCGUCACACCAUAACCAUCAUGAGUCCCAUGAGCGCCGUGAUCACCAAGAACAACAAGAACACCAAGAACAACAAGAACAGCAAGAGCAUCACGAUCACCAAGAGCAUCACGGGCCAUCCGUCGAUGUCAAACCAGGCUUCAGCUCGGCUGACUCUCGUCCCGACACUCAAUCAGGACACUCUGGCGCAGCUCCCCACACUACCGCCACUCUCGACGAGAACUCUGCAUCUCAUAUCGCCUCGAGCCAUUCCAAGGAUGGCGAAUCCCGCCCCGUGGACACCAAAAUCAAGCCUGAACUUCCCAGCAGCCACUCCAGCGAUGGUGCACAUGCCACAUCCAAGGCCACAUCUCCCUCCGAGGCUGCCUCUGAAACUCCCCGCAGUGUCGAACGCGACAUCAAGAUGCCUGUCAACAUGAGCACUGCGCCUCAAGUCAAGGGAGCAAACGACUCCGGUGUGGACGCUACCUCACACCCGGACGCCUCGACCACGGCUCGAUCUCCUGCUGCAGCCAACAAACCAAUUCCGAAUCCGGCCGACGAGAUCACACCUCUUGGAGAGGAGCCCGCCAAGGCUGCCCCUUCGCCGUCAGCCACCACAUCGACUCCAAAGCCGGUGGCCGCCUCGUCUCCCAAACCUACGACCUCAUCUCCCAAGCCAAAGACCGUCGACCAUCCUUCUGUCGACAAGCCCGCCGCUUCGGUCGCCAAACCCAUCGCUGGCGUUUCGGACGAGCCCAAGACGGCGCCGGCAAAGAGAAGCGACCCUGCUGCCGAUCCCCAAUCGGCGACCUCGCUCGAUGACCUGCUGGAUGACAAACCUCGCCCUGGCGACAAGCCCUCCAAUUUGUUCAGUCGUUUUGCCAAGGACAAGUCCGACGCAGAUCUGACCACGGCCGACAAGGACGAGAAUGGCGAGCCGACCAAAAAGAAGGUCAACUGGGGCCAGAUCUUCAUAUACUUCAAUCUUCUCCGCGCGAUCGCCACGGCGAUCUUUACCGCCAUCGAUAUUGACCAGGGCUUGCGCAACCCGGUCUACAUAGACAUUGGCGCGCGCGGCUUCCUGAUCGUCCAGGCCAUCGUUCUGGUCAUUGAUCUGGCGAUCGCCUUUGUCAAGGCAUUCCCCAAGGUCCUGUGGAUCUGCUGGAACAUUGACGACUGGGAUCCGUACGAGCGCACAUGGAGCAUCUGGGCCAUAGUUGCCGACCACCAGAUGAUCAUCGACGUGGCUCCGCUCUUGAUUUCAGUCAUCCUCCGUAUCUAUGGCUACCGCCUGGCCGAGAUCAUCGAGAACCCCGACGUCCGCAACACCAUCACCAACCCGCAGUUCCAGAUCAAGGAUCUACUCUCGCCGCUGCAGCGCAACUUUGAGCUGCUAAUGCUCUUUGUGGCCAGCUUGCUCUACACCAUCCUGUUCCAUACCUUUCGCCUUGCUCGAGUCCUGUGGAUCCGCAAAAAGUCCCAGGCGCUUGCACUGCUGGUUGGCCUCAAGGGUCUGCUGUUUACCUUUGACAUCUUGACCAACGGGCUCCUGCUCUACGAAACCCUGAUCACCCUGGGACUGAACUUUUUCCGUGCGUCGCUGACAGCCAACCUCAUGCUGAGUGUCGUCGGGCCGGGCCCCAUCGUCACCUUGGUGACCAACGUCCUCGUCAACGCCCCGCUGCACUACUUUUAUCUCAAGAUGCAGAUCGAGAACCGCCACCAGGAGCCCGAGAAGCUCCGGGGCAGAAUCUGGAAGACAGCCUUCCACCGCGCUUUCCAUCCCAUCCUCAUGGCGGUCUUUGGCACCUAUGCCCUGUACGCCAUGAUUGCCCUCCUGCAGGUUCUGAAGGCAGUCCAGGGAUUCGACGUGAUCGGAAGCAUCAAGAGCGGCAACGGCAUCCCGGCCCAGAUCAUCCCGACCAGCGGCUUCUUUGGCUGGAGUGGCUCCAACGGGCAGAAUGGACCCAACGUCCUCCUUGGUAUGGUCUGGCUCGAUGUGGUCAUGAACUAUGCCGUCGGCGUGGUGUUUGCCGUCAUCUACUGGAUCUACGCAGUCCUGUGGAUGGGAAUCGGCAGCAGCCUCUGGAAGCAAUUGCGCAAGACCAAGAGCGGUGGCCCAGACGCCGUGGACAUUGUCUGAGAGCUCCCUCCUGGCCCCACGUUGGAGCAAGGCCAUAACCGAAGCAGACCCAUAGCUGGAGCAGAUGCACGUUAUCGAAACAAUGUCUGGCUUCGCCUUGUCCUCACCGGGUCAAACUCCUGGCCUCUUCAACCGCCUUCUCCUCCGGGGAUUCGUUUCUGUAUCGUCCGUUCCUUCCCCUUGACACUUGAUCCUGCCUUUGUUCUAGCUCCUGUCUUUCAUUCUCUGAACCAACUCUCUGAUGUGUUUUGAUCUGCGAAAUGGCUUGUCGCAGUGUGAUCGAAACGCAGCAGCUGGGGCUCUAAUUUGUUAAUGGCAUCGCGCCAGAAUGCUACCCAGAAUAACAGAGCCACCUCCAAGCGAUACUGCUAUCCCUGUAUUCUAUCGUCU